UUUUUUUAAACUUUUAAAGGGCCUUCUAAUGAUUUGCGGGGUUCAAUGCUUGAUUUGUCUAAUAUGCAACAUGACGAAUUGCUUGAAGUAGCUGAAACACUACUCGAGGAAAAUAUUCAAUUAAAUUCUGAAAAUGUCAUUAAAUGUAAAAAUUUUUUUACAAAACUAUUAUUGUUUUUGCAUUUUUAGCAAAAUUCUCAAUUUUUCAAAAAUCAUGUUUUUUUUGUUUAUCUUAUUUUUCUGAUGUUGUUACUACAAGACAUUAUAAUGCUUUAGCCUGUUCAAUCACUUCUUUUUAUUCAACAAACAAAUGGUCAGAAUUUUUCAAUGAUGAAUCCUUACAACAAGAAGAUUUCGAUUUUUCUAACGAGUCUGGUCAAUAUAAAGUAAACUUUAAUAUUUUAUAAAAUUAACAAUGCACUAUUUAGGUAUAUUUAGUUAGAGAUGGGGGGGAGGAGAGAUUCAAUUUAAAAUAUAUUGGAAUAACAACAGAAAUCACAAGACGUAUGAAAAAUCACAGAGGCAGAAAAACAUUAAUCGAGUUAAAGAAUCCUGAAUAUGCAAUACUACUAGAGAAUUUAUCAGAAAAAACAGCUCUAUUUAUGGAAGGACUCCUCAUCCUCUCUUCUCAACUCGGCUACAAUUUAUUAAAUAAGACGUAUGAAUUUACCAAUAUUACUAAAGGCUUAUCAGACAACAAAGAAAUAUCAGAAUUAUCAAGGGAAGAUUUAAAGAACAUUAUUGUCGAAUACCAUAAGAAAGCAGUGAAUAUACUUAAAAAAAGGUGGAGUAUAGUCGAGUGGAUAAAGUUUUGA